AUGUCUCGACAUUCGGGUUCGUCUCGCCAUCGCUCACACCAUUCGAGAAGCACGGAAUCAAAUCCGGAGGAUUUGGUUGAGCAAGUCAAGAGCAUCAUCACACUACUGUACGAAGUAGUAUCCUCUCGCCCCUACGAAUGGGAAGCAUAUUUGCCCUCCGCUCGUUCGGCUAUGACGGCACUCGAUCAUUUACACUUCUUCAGAGACCCUCAACGCUUUGCUGAACAAGUUUGGAUGCUUCAUGGCCUGCAAGAUUAUGCCUUCCACGAUUCAGAUUCUGGGUGUAUUCGCGACAUCGCUGAAUGGUGCCAGACCGCGUGGUUGAGGAUCCUCAGAAACUACCCAGAAAACGUAGAUACGUUAACAGGUCUAGGACGCAACUGGCUCCAGAGAGCCCAAGCAACUCUGGCAAGAAUUCAUCGCGAAGAGGGGAACGACUCGUCAAGUCAAGGAAGCAGCAGCCAGGCAGGUAAUUCGACACAAGGUCAUUUAUCCAAUGAAGACAAAUACAAUGCUGACGAGAGACUAGCAUCUCCUCCGGCAGACCCACGCAGGCAGGGUCCAUUAUACGUCGAAGCUCGGGGAUAUCUGCAACCUGCAGUUGAUUUCUAUGCGAGGGCCCUAAGAUCUGCAGACGCACUAGGCAGUACGACCGGAGAAAUCCUAGCAUCUGCCGCUGAAUCACAAAUGUCUUUGGGGAACGUGACGGGGCCACCAGGAGAUGAGCGCCAUUUCGCUCAGGCUAUCCGCUAUCUCCGCCGCGCAGAAGCCGCACCAGGGUACAUUCUUUCGGUCUACUUGCAACAGUAUCUCAAUGACUACGGGAGAUAUGUUUCAUAG